AUGUCAAACAUGCUAAGACAACAUAAUGAAGUGGAUGGAGAAAAAGGAGGAGUAAAUUCACCAUCAGAUUCUUCAAACAUAAUCAUAACAUUACCAUUGGGUGGUGAUUCCACCAUUACGCUAGAUCGUUCUCCAAACGCGGUGCAAAAUUUUCUAAUAGAACAAGAACUAAAACAACGAUCAAAUAGUAUUGCGCUGCAAACGGUUCUCACGAAUUUAACCUAUAUUGCGAUUUGGUAUUUUUUCUCGACCGCACUCUCGUUCUAUAAUAAAUAUUUAAUGGGAAAGAAUAAAUUUGAUUUGAGUUUGCCAAUAUUGGUGAGCGCGUUACAUGCUGCCAUGCACUUUGCGAUUACUUCGGUGUUGAUGCGCGGGACUUGUCCUGCGGUAUAUCGAAAAUCAUCAACGGAAAAUAGUAAGCCAUUGGUGUCGAGGCAAAGUUAUAUGUCUAGAGUGGUUCCAACUGCUAUUGCUGCAGCACUCGAAAUAUGUAUGUCAAAUGCUUCGCUAGUAUUUAUCACUUUGAGUUUUUAUACAAUGGUUAAAUCGUCAAGUCCAAUAUGGGUAUUAGUAUUUUCAUUCAUUUUCGGAUUAGAGCAGCCACGACUCCUUCUCGUAGCAAUAAUCUCAAUCAUAAGUUUAGGCGUAGUCUUAACAGUAGCUGGCGAGACAAAAUUCGAUCUCACUGGCUUCACCUUAGUACUAGGUUCCGCGAUAAUAAGUGGUCUACGAUGGUCAAUAACACAAAUGCUACUACAAAAAGAAGAAGGAAUUAACAACCCAAUUGCCACUCUUUACUACUUAUCCCCGAUAAUGUGCUCCUUAAUGAUCGUUCUUUCGCUGAUUUUCGAAAACCCGUUUGCUCGAAUCGCCAACUCGGAACAUUUUCGUGAUGUUGCCACCGCAUCACGUACACUCGCGUUGAUGCUGUCUGGUGGACUUUUGGCGUUUUGUAUGACCAUCGCGGAGUUUGCUCUUAUUAAAAAUACGAGUACGGUGACAUUGUCGGUUGCCGGAAUCAGUAAAGAACUUUUGAUUAUUGGGUUGUCGGUUCUGAUUAAUCAUGACAAGCUGACGAAUAUCAAUUUACUUGGAUUGAUUAUAUCUAUAUUUGGAAUUGCCGCGUAUAAUUAUUAUAAAAUACGAAAGAACAAUCUUGGUGAUCGAAAAGGCAAAUACCAACAAUUGGCAACACAUAAAAAUGAAUCAUCUGAUUAA